AUGAAGAGGAGGUGAGUAUAAGAGUGAGAAAGAGAGAGAAAAACUUACCUUCACACGUACCACCUCAACACACUCAACACACUCACCACCUCAGCUACCGGCAGCAGUGUCCAGUGAUGGAGUCAGCCAUUGGUGUACUCGUUUCCCAGUUCAAGGCGUUUGCUGGAAGUGAUGGAUCCUCAGACACACUGAGCAGAGAUGAGUUCCAGAGCCUGGUCAAAACACAACUCCCCAACUUCGUUAAGAACGCUGAUGACCCAGCUGUCAUCGACCGACUCAUGGACUCAAUUGACGAGAACAACGACGGAGAGCUCACCUUCCUGGAGUUCUGGCAGCUGAUUGGACGACUAGCAAAUCAACACGGCGGCUUUAUCCAAUAGGAUGUCUCCAUGUCUUGUUCUGUUACUACCAUAUGAUUACAAUGAUAAGUUAUUCUAGUGGUAUGGUUAUCCCCAUGUUGUGUUUCUAAAUUGGCAAGUGUUUGCUAAAGCUAUGGAGGAUUGGUCCAGCAAAAUAAAACAUACAACUAUAGUAUAUAUGACUACCUGACCUUAGUCUCUCUCUCUCUCCCUCCCUCUCUAAAGCUAUGGAGGAUUGGUCCAGCAAAAUAAAACAUACAACUAUAGUAUCUAUGACUACCUGACCUUAGUCUCUCUCUCUCUCCCUCCCUCUCUAAAGCUAUGGAGGAUUGGUCCAGCAAAAUAAAAAAUGGAUGAAUCAUACAACUAUAGUAUCUAUGACUACCUGACCUUAGUCUCUCUCUCUCUCCCUCCCUCUCUAAAGAUAUGGAGGAUUGGUCCAGCAAAAUAAAACAUGGAUGAAUCAUA